UUCAAGUGUUUAUCCAUUAAAAACCCAUUAAACUUGGGAUUUGUUUAUUUCUUGUGUUUGGGCUUCUACUUUCUCGUGGUGAUUCCUAAAUAAAAGUGUUUAAGCGCAUUGGAAGAUUAUAAAAUGAAGCCGUCUGAAGAUCUCAAAGUUCCCAGUUUUACGGGGGAGUACACCGGAUCCACUUUCACAUACGCCAGUCCAAAAUCCGGAGCCGAUUCCCUCGACUUUUUGGCGCAAACAAUCAGAGGAAGAGACCCCAACACAUGCAGAAUUAUUUUGAUAUGUCAGCAGAAUUUCGAAGCCGAGCAUCUGAAAUCGGAGCUCGCCGGACGCGAUGUCAACACAAUCCUCCUCGCAGCGGAUGACCCGAUGGCCAACCAAGUGCUGCUCCUCUGGUCAAAAGGGUACAUUCACCAAGCCCUGAUUCUUUGCGAUUCCAUGCUAAAUAUUCUUGAGGGACUCGAGGUGAAUUUCGUGAUCCAUACAUCGUUGCCGCCGUUGAAAAAGUUUGAACAACGCUUGGAGAGGCUGAGAAAGUCGGAAAUUAAAGCCGAGUCGUUGGUUAUAACAGCUCACUAUGGGGGAAAUGGGAAUUCCGAUAAUAAAAUAGUAAAAGCAGAUACAGAAAUGUUACAAUCCCCGAAGAACGGAGUAAAUGAGAGCCCCAAAAUGCUGGAUAAACCACAACCUCUAGAAGAUGUGCCCAUAAAAGACAUAAAACCAGUGGUCAAGGUGGAUCCUAUAUAUUUAAGAAACCUCAGUGAAAAGGAAUUUGAACGUUUUAAAUCUUCAAAAGAUGAUGAAGCAAAAUCUGUUUUUAAUCCAACUGGAGCAUUCUCUGCUAUUCAAGACUUCAAUACUCCUGUGGUCCUCGAGCCAAUUCCAAAAUCCUUGGAUGAUAAAGAGGCUCAAUCAUCUUUAAAGGUAGAAGACAUUAUGAAAGAGUUCCUAAAACUAACUAUUGGAUCUAAGACUCCAGAAUCCCAGUGCGAUUAUAAAGAGGAUCCGAGUUCUUUUAGAGUAGAAGGAAAUGUGGAAGAAUUUGGUCCUUCCGAGGAGGUAUCUUCUUCGGAAGCCUCGGAACUUGAGCUGCAGAGCUUGUUGAUGUCAAGGAGACUUCAGAGUGCUCUCCCAGAAUUGGAGUCUUCUCCUGAGCCUCCGUAUCCGCCUCAAAUAGUUACCAUUGCAGAACCCCUUUCCCUGGAUCUUCUUGAUGAUACCGCUUCUCUCGACUCCUUCCAAACCGUGGAGGACUCUCCUUCUCCCUCCAUUUCUCCGGAUUCUCUCACUGCCGGUGGCACCAUCGUCUAUAAUUAUGGAAUCCUGUCCUGGAGUCGCCACCUGGUUGUUCCGUGCUACGACCUUAGUGGAGUGCCUGGCAUAAGCCAUAAAAUCCGGGUUGCCAUGCAUCAAAUGGGCGUGGCCAGGAGCCGAGCCCGUGCUGUCCAGAGAUUCGCCUGGCCCCACGUCGCCGCUGGGAGAUCGCUGAUCGUCGUGGGCAACACGCAGAUCGGCAAGACCUGGUGCUAUCUGCCUAUCCUAUGCCAGCGGAGCCACGAGGAGCUGCAGCUGCGUCGUCCCUCUGAUGACCAUGGACCCACCAGCAUCGUAGUGUGCUCCAAUCAAUCGCAGGGCCAGCAGAUUGGCCGCUCCAUGGACACGCUGCUCCGUUCGUUGGGCAAUGAUUCCUCUCUGGAGACGAUGGUCAGUCACUGGGACAUGGGCAAUGUGACGGACAUCCUGGGCAGGCUCAGCCAGCCCGUGGGCAUCCUGCUGACCAGCGUGGACCUGCUGCUCCAGCUGCUGACGCAUCACUCCAAGCGGUCGCCCAUUUUCGAUGCGGCUGCCGUGAAGUUUAUAGCUCUGGAUAACCUGCACGACAUGGUGCGUCUUCUGCCGGAUGUCACGAUGCGGCUGCUCAAGCGGCUGCCGGAAAUAUUUGAUUUUUCUCCUAGUAAAUGCCAGCUUUUUGUCUCCGGAAGAAAUUGGCACCCGGAUCUGAUGAGGCAGCGCCUCCUGCCGCUGAUGCCCGAGGUUCUCCUCCUCUUCGAUGACGCUUUGGAGGCUUCUGUCUAUGGCGGCGUACAGCUGGACACUCGGAUUGUGCCGGAGGAGCAGAAGAUCGAAGAGCUGGUGGCUCUAAUCAGGCAGAAAAAUCUCUCAGAGGAUCGCACCAUUGUCUGCUGUUCCAGCGCCGCCGAGGUUCUCCAUUUGCGCCACCAGCUGGACGGGAUGGGCAUCGCCGUGCAGACCUGCAUCUCGGAGUCGUGCUUCAACCAGGUCAGCCAAUGGCGACGCCAAUCUCCGGCCAGUCUUCUCCUGGUGGCGGAUGAUGUGGUGCCCAAGCUGCGAUGCGGAUUUAUAGCCCUGCUCAUCCACUUCAACUGGGCCACCAGCUGGAUGCGUUUCAAGCAUCGCUUCAGCCUCUUCCACGAGAACUACAAAUCAAUGCCGGCGAAGAGAUGCAGUAAAUCCGUGAUCUUCUGCCAGGCUACCGAUGUGGACAGCAUCUGGCUGAUGGCUGACUUUCUGCUGAAGCAUGGACUACCCAGGCCCAGCCAUUUGCUGGACAUUCUGGCCCAGCGUCGCCUGGCGGAGCCUCUGCAUCCGAUGAGGCUGCGUCUCUGCCGCCAGGUGACCGCUUUCGGGGAUUGCCUGAGGAACAGCUGCCGGUACAGGCAUCUCGUGUGGCAGCAGGAGGUCGUGCCGCCGUAUCAUUAUCCCACCAAGGGCGAGAUUCGAUUCACGGUCCUAACUUGCAACAGUCCCGCCAGCCUGUCGGUCCGACUGAACGACCAAUAUCCCACGGUGGCCUACUUCCUCAGGAUUCCGAUGACCAAUCUGGGCCAGCAGGUGCAACGGCACUACGAACUGGAGGAGAACCGACGCAGGCACCCCAAUCCUGCGCCCGGCGAGCGGGUGGUGGUCAAGAACAUGAACCGCUACGAGCGAGUGGUCAUCCUGGAAGUGAACAAAGAAGGUAAUGGUAAUGGUAAGGUGUCGGUGCAACUGAUGGACACGGGCACCGACAUACUCAUCUACAAUGCCAGCCAAGUGUACAUCUGCGAGAAGAUCUUCAAGGAUCAACCGCGGGAGGCAAUGGAGGUGAGGAUCACUGGCCUCGAGCCGGAAAGCCUGGAUCGCAUCUGGCCCGAGGAUGUGCGCAAUGUGGUGCGCAAUCAGUUCUUCAGCAGGACGCAGAAUAGACGGUGUCGCCAGUUCUCCGCCGUUGUGCAGGCCACCAUCCACGAGACCAUCUUCGUUCGGGAUGUGCACGAUAGCGAGGGCAACGACCUGCGCACCUUCGUUUCGAGUCGUUUCCGCGUUCACCAGGAGGAGCACUGCCUGGACAAGCUUAUUAGAAUGGUCCAGGGCUCCAAACCCAGACCAGCUCCAAAAAGCCACUAA